UUGAUUCUUCGUCUUCAAUCAAUGUUUUAUGCGAUACAACUCAAACUGAAGUUAUAUCCAACAAAUUUCAAAAUAAUAAUGAAGCAAUUCAAAUAACAGACAAAGGUUCAGAUGCAGAUUUUGAUAACAGUUAUUUUGAACCAACAUCGAUUCCAACAACACCAAAAAAGCGCAAACAUGCACUUUCAAAAAAUUCGAAUAGAAAGAAAAUUUUAAAGCAAUCCGUUAAUAAUUUAACAACAUCAGCAAUUACUAUUGAUCAUGAUACUAGUCAUGAAGAGGAAGAAGAAGAAACUGUACUUCAAUCACCUAAAGUAUCAUCUGUAUGGAAAUAUGCCAAGCUAAGCAAAGACAAGAAAUAUGCUAUUUGUUUAUUAUGUGACAAACAUAUUUCAACUGCUAAUUGGUCAACCACUUCUGUUCGUCGUCAUUUGAUCGAAGUUCACGACAUACAGGAGUUGGUAUUACCAGAUGAAAACGAAAAUAAGACAUCAACUAUCAGUCAACGUCUUAAGGCAAAAUUUCAUACACUAUCUGUCGAAGCUAUAAUCAAGGACAAUUUACCAUUCAAUGCAUUUAGUAAAAAUGGAUUGUCAAAACUAAUACAAGAAGCCAUUCCAGUUACAGAUGGUGCACCAAAUCUAUCCAAAGCAAUAUCUCUCAUAGAAACCAACGCACAACAUAUCUGGUGCAUAGGUCAUAGAUUGCAUUUAGCUGUAACAAAUGCUUUAGCAUUAUGGCCAAAGAAACAAAAAAAAAAUGUUGAUGGAUCUAAUCAAGAUGCUCAAUACGGUAAUGCAAAUUUGAAUAAUCAACUUGUUACAAAUGAAAAACCCCAUUCAACACAUGAACAAUCACGAACAAAUGAUGCUUAUCAACAUAAUCAAUUAAACAAGAACAAUCAUUUUGUAACAUUUUCUAAUAACAAAGAUUUAGUUAGUGGUGGUAUUAGUGUCGAAGACGAUGAUGAUGUUGGUAAAGAAAACCUAUUUACAGAUAAUAAGGACAAUGAAUCUGUCUUAGUACAUGACGAUCAACAUAAUGAAGAUUACGUUGAUUAUGAAGAUUACAGUGAUAAAACAAAUGAUGAUGAUUUUGACGAUAAUGAGUAUGAUGAUGAUGAUGAUCACGACAAUAAUGAUAAUGAUCAAACUGAUGAUAAAAAUGAUGAUGAAGAAGAAGACGCUGUUGAUAUCGAUGGUAAUGAUGACAACGAUGAUAUUUCAACGUCUGAUAAUUCACAAAAUUCUUUAUAUGAUAAUUGGAGAGAAGAUGCUGAAGUUGAUCCAAAUGAUCCAACAUUAACAAAAGAACAGCAAUUAACCUUAUCUGUAUUGACUAAAUGUCGUAAACUGAUUGAUAUGAUUCGAAAAUCUUCAAUUCUAACUUUAUAUUUUAAUAAACAUCGUAAAGAACUAGAAGAAACUCGUAACGUACUUCGUGAUGUUUGCACACGUUGGAAUUCUUCAUACAUGAUGAUUGAUUCAUUAAAAACUGUUCGACCAAUAAUUGAAAAUUUAUACAAUGAUAAACAUCGGUUGAAUAUAAAAGAUGAUCAAAUUGAGAAAUUAAAUGAAUUGGAAAUUACUAGUGCCGAAUGGAAUCAUUUAAAUCAAUUGCAUUAUGUUUUGGAAGUUUUUUAUAAUGCUACAAAUAUUGUUUCUGGAAAAACAUAUCCUACAAUGAGUUCGGCUUAUUUCAUUUUCACUAAAUUGAAAUCAUUCCUAAUGAAGGACUCAAACGAUAAUAUGACUGUUAAAAGAUUGAAAAAAUUGUUAUUAUCAAAAAUGAUUCAUUAUUUUGAAGAAGAUGAAGUUCAAUUAAAUCUUUUAAAAUCUUAUAUAUUUCCAUUUCAGUUUCAUAGUUAUUUUGAUCCAACUGGUUAUCGGGCUUUAUCAGAUGCUGAUAAACGAUCAGUCGAAUAUGAUAUCAAACAAAUGCAUGAUAAUGAUUCAAUAAACAUCAAUAGUUCAUCACCAUCAUCAUUAACAACACAUGAAUUAGUCAAUUCUGAGGUGAGUUCUACAUCUAAUACAACGCCAACAACAAGUCUUGCGAAUUCAUCAUCAACAUCAAAAACUUAUAUGAAUAAAAAAAUUACAGCUAUGAAAGUAUUUCUGAACAGUGUCGGUGACCACAUUGUCCAAAAUAACACGACUACUUCACGUGCAACAAUAAUUGAAGAAUUACGUAAUUAUCGAUCAUUAGUAAAUAAAUAUAACACUAAAAAUCUACCAGAUACAUCUUCUUUUCUUACAUUUUGGAAAAAUUAUGAAUUUGCAUUGCCUUAUCUUUUCAAAUUGGCACGAAAAUUUGGAUGCACAUCAGCAACUAGUGUUCCAGCCGAAUCAGCAUUUUCAACAGCAUCUUUUGUGUACAGAAAAGAACGAUCAAGAUUAUCGGCAAAAAACCUAGAAGCGAUUGUUUUCUUAAAAGUAAGUAUUACAACUAUAUAG